CCGAACUUCGGUCGUUGUCUAUUCCUGGAACGUACCAAGAGAAAAUUACUCACCUGGGACACUCUUUGAUGCAUUUAACAGGUCUAAAGUCCCUAGACCUCUCACGUAACUCCUUGGUUAGCCUAGAGGGCAUCCAGUUUCUGGCUGCAUUGGAAAGCCUCAACCUUUACUACAACUGCAUCUCCUCACUGGCAGAGGUGUUCCGGCUGCACACCCUGCCUGCACUCGUGGACGUGGACCUCCGGCUGAACCCCGUGGGCAAGGCCGAGUCUGACUACCGCCUCUUCGUGGUGCACCUGCUCCCCGGGCUGCGGCGGCUGGAUGACCGACCAGUGAGAGCGAGUGAGCGUGAGGCGUCCCGGCUGUGCUUUGCUGCAGAGGACUCCCUGGACUCCACAGAGGGCAUUCCAGAUGCCCGGAGCCUUGUCAG